UUAUUAUUAUUUUAUUUUUUUUGACCAAAUUUUUCUCGAAAACUAUACAGUGGUUUUCAGUGAAACUUUCAGGAAAAAUGCAUUAUAUUAUGAAAUUUGUUUAUCACAAAAAAAAUUUGGGAAAAUUCCAUUUCGGUUCCAAGUUAUGGACAAUUUCCUGAUUUUCAAAUGGAACUUUGUCCGCGGGUGAUCUACAGGAAGGGCUAAAGAUAUGAACUGGAGACUUACCAUCGUCGGUUACCCACGGGUGCUUCUAUUCGAUUAUCUCCAUCAUCACCCGUGGGUCAAUCCUAUUCAAAUAGCUCGUUUCUCAUUAAAUAUGCAUGAACUUUUUGACCUUUUCUUAUCCAAUGAAAUCAUCGGUUACAUAUACCUAUUGAUCUUCUGCUUCGGAGAUAAAUAUGGUGGCCCAUGAUUACGAUGCAAAAAGGUAACCAAGGGAAAAGUUGUGAAAUAUGUAGCGAAAUUAUCAAAGACAAAAAAUCCUGCAGACAGGUGAAAUCAAAUGUAGAUUUUUGUCAGUUAUUUUUAGAACUGAACUUGGAAGAAGACGGUUACGUUUGCAAGUUUUGUGUUAACAAGUUAAAUAGACUUGUCAGAAUUGACGACGACAUUAAAACGAAAGUAGCGAAGUUGACCGAGAAACGGAAUGAGUUGUUGGCGGAAUUAAAAAAUGCUGUCGGUAGCAAAGUACUUACACCUGUCAUUAAAAAACGGGGACGACAAAAAAACACACCAACACCCCGUAAACUAAAGGUCCGACGCUUGUUGUCAUUCCCAAAUUCUCCUGGAGCUAGUGACGUGCGUGACCCAGCUGAUUCCAUAAAGCCAUUGAGAGAUGAAUCAGCAGGAGAGAGAUCUCAGCAAGCUGCAGAUGUAUUGGAUGAACAAAUUCAGCCCUUAGUUGUAGACAGUGUACAACCUGAUUCACAAACUAAGUUAUACCAUGAAAAGGACUUUGAUGUCAAGGUAAUAUUAAAAUAUUAUUACUUUUAUUGUAGUGAAAUAUGGGGAGUGAAUCUCUCAUUCAAAGAUAUCAGUGCAGACAGUGAAGUGACUUUUUCAAUGAAUUACCAGUCACAGAUGAGAGGUGUGACUCAGGAACCAGUCACUGUGCAGUUUAAUGCUAGUGCAAAUCAAAACUCCAACCCAGGAAUCAUUUACUCCUCAGGAAAUCAAGGAAAAGUGGUGUCUUUUUUGAAAGAGAAAAUUCGGAAAACUAAGGAAAAUCCAUCUCCACCCAUUGAAAUCUUAGGUGUCAAUGUUGAUAAGAAAAUCAUGGCAUUGGUUUCUUCUGCUUGCUACUCAGAAAAGAAUAACUGACAAGGAUCUUCCAACAGAUGAAUCCUUAGCUGAUGUAGAAACGAUUGACAGUUGUGAGUUUGUUCCAUCUGAAGAUGAAAUCGAAGAAUAUCAGAAAAAUACACAAUUCCAUGUGGCAAAAAUUUUAACAAAGUAUAUCGAGGAGCUGAGGCAAUUCGAGAGACUCCUUCCAAAUAACAUCCAGCACCCAUAUAUUGAAAAAACUUCCCAGAAGUCUGUGUUCAUUAACUGUGAUUUAAUUGAUGAAAGUGAAAAUUCCUCUGAUGGAAUGAU